CCCCGCAGCCCUCCAAGCUCGAAGCAGCUCUUUCCUCAUGACCACUUCCGCUCAUUUCGACGUGGUUUGGCGCCAGGACGCGCUGGGCCUGCGCUUCACACCCAACGAGAACGACAUGCCCGUUGUUUGUCAAGUGCCGCCGAACGCUUGCCCCGCCGUUCUGGCUUCUCCUUUGGCCGUCGGCGACGUCCUCGUGGGUUUUGAUCUGCAGUUGCAAGACCAACCGGACGGCAUGCAACAUGUGAAAGCCUUCGACCAAUUAGUGACGGUGUUGCGCCGUGCUAAGCUGCCGGUCACACUGCGUUUUCAGUCGCGGGAGAAGGAGAUCCCAUCAAAAAUCGACGAGUCCGACGUGGCGCGCCACUACACCUUCACAUGGGCAGCACAGUCGCCAUUGGGUGUGUCUUUGGCCAUGGAUCCGUGCACUUUACACGCCGCAAUCACAGCUAUUGACCCCAACAAGAUCUCUGCGGCUUUCCAGAAUCUCAAGCCGGUGCUGGGCGACGUGCUGGGCGCUAUCUCCCCCGACAGCGACGAUGGAGCAGUGACGCGUCUCGAUGACAUGCGUUUUGAAGACGUCAUUCAGACAUUGCGUCAGUUCCCAAAGCCGUGUCGUCUUACCUUUGCGAGACUCGUGGAGGAGACUCCAUCCGACUCCUCCGGGUCAGAGGAAGACAAUGUGCUCUUCCCUUCGAAACCUGCCACCCGUCCGAAGGCAACUUCGUCUUCGAGCGAUAGAAACGAAGAAGCCACAGACAUUCUAAAGCCUCCGUUCCUUACACGCCCCCUACAAGUGCGUCCCAAGUCUCGAUCGAGAGCGGGAUUGCCUCCUCCAAGGAAGCAACUGCCCAUCUCCAUGCGUCAGAGCUUCCGUAUUGACGCUCCAAAACCUCCUCCUAUGUCCAGUGACAGUAGACCUCAUGCUAGUUCGACCUCCUCGAACGAUGGUAGACCUCAUUCUGGAUCAAACGCAGACGACAAGGGAUUCUACACAGUCAUGUACAGUGGUGGCGCUGUUGGCUUACAGCUACGUGACUGUACGCAGGAUGACAAGGCUCUCACGAAGAGCAAGGACAAGACUAACCGGACGAAUGGCUACACUGUGGCGAUUCGGAAUGUGACGGAUCCGAAAUCCGCCCCCGGUCUGGAGAUCGCGACACCCGACGAUCUCUUAAUGGCGAUUGGCCAGAAGGACUUGCAGCACAUGUCGUUUGACGAGGUACGCAUGGAGCUGGGUGCUAUCCAGACCCCCACGCGCUUGCUGUUCAAGAAACGUAAGCGUGUAGUGGGCAACUCGUCGGGCGGUUCGCUGGUCGAUUCGUUGCUACUCUUUCUCGUGUAA